AUGGCGGAAGGGGAGGACGUGGGGUGGUGGCGGAGCUGGCUGCAGCAGAGCUACCAGGCAGUCAAGGAAAAGUCCUCCGAAGCCUUGGAGUUCAUGAAGCGGGACCUGACAGAGUUCACCCAGGUGGUGCAGCAUGACACGGCCUGCACCAUUGCCGCCACGGCCAGCGUGGUCAAGGAGAAGCUGGCUACUGAAGGCUCCUCGGGGGCGACGGAGAAAAUGAAGAAGGGUUUGUCUGACUUCCUAGGAGUGAUCUCCGACACCUUUGCUCCCUCAGCAGACAAAACCAUCGACUGCGAUGUCAUCACCCUGAUGGGCACGCCCUCUGGCACAGCUGAGCUCUAUGAUGGCACCAAGGCUCGUCUCUAUAGCCUGCAGUCAGAUCCGGCAACCUACUGCAAUGAACCAGAUGGGCCCCCGGAAUUGUUUGACGCCUGGCUUUCCCAGUUCUGCUUGGAGGAGAAGAAGGGGGAGAUCUCAGAGCUCCUUGUAGGCAGCCCCUCCAUCCGGGCCCUCUACACCAAGAUGGUGCCCGCAGCUGUUUCCCAUUCAGAAUUCUGGCAUCGGUAUUUCUAUAAAGUUCAUCAACUGGAGCAGGAGCAGGCCCGGAGGGAUGCCCUGAAGCAGCGGGCAGAACAAAGCAUCUCUGAGGAGCCUCGGUGGGAAGAGGAAGAAGAGGAGAUUGUGGGCAUCUCACCCACACCUCCCAAAGAGGCAAAGGUUUCUGUGGCCAAAACUUGCACAUCCCUUGAAGGAGGACCUGGCCCCCAGAGUCCCUGUGAAGAGAAUCCGGUGAUCCCAGUCGAGCCUCCAGCAGAAGUCACCCCAUCAGAGAGCAGCGAGAGCAUCUCCCUCGUGACCCAGAUUGCCAAACCUGCCACCCCUGAGGCGCCAGUACUGCCCAAGGACCUGUCCCAAAAGCUUCUAGAGGCAUCUUUGGAGGAACAGAACCCGGCUGUGGAUGUGGGCGAGACUGGACCCCCACCCCCAGCUCAGUCUAAGCCCCACCCCCCUGCCGGUCGCCCCAGUGGCCCAGAGCCCAGGCCUCCCGCCAGAGUGGAGACUCUCAGGGAGGAGGUGCUCACAGACUUACGGGUGUUUGAGCUGAACUCGGACAGUGGGAAGUCCACGCCUUCCAACAAUGGGAAGAAAGGCUCAAGCACAGACAUCAGCGAGGACUGGGAGAAGGACUUUGACUUGGACAUGACCGAAGAAGAAGUGCAGAUGGCACUUUCCAAAGUGGAUGCCUCUGGUGAGCUGGAAGAUGUAGAGUGGGAGGACUGGGAAUGA